GGAGGCUUGGAGGGGUCGGAGGCGAUGGCGGCGGCGAUGGCGGCCUGGUGGGGGUUGGUGGUGCCGCUCAUCUCCAGCCUGCUCGGGGCGGCGGCGGCCGAGCAGCAGGUGCCGCUGCUAGUCUGGUCCAGCUACAGCUCCCUCUGGGUCCCGCUGACCAACAUUCACGAAGGUCACAUCACCACCGACUCCCAGCUCGCUUCCUACCUGGACCCCGCCGUGGAGAAAGGCCCCCACAACAUCUUGCUGUUCCUGCAGGAGAAGCUGAGCGUCGAGGAUUUCACGGCAUAUGGAGGAGUGUUUGGCAACAAGCAGGACAGCGCCUUCCCCAAUCUGGAGAAUGCCCUGGAGUCAGCCGCCUCCUCCCUGGUGCUGCCUUCUGUGGAUUGGUAUGCAGCCAGCACUCUGACCUCCUACCUGAGAGAGAAGCUGGGGGUCAGCCCCCUUCACGUGGACCAGAGCACCCUGCAGGAGUUGAAGCUCAAUGCCAGCCUCCCCUCAUUGCUGCUCAUCCGGCUGCCCUACACUACCAGCUCUGGUCUGAUGGCCCCGAAGGAAGUCCUCACGGGCAACGAUGAAAUCAUCGGGCAGGUGCUGAGUACCUUGAAGCUGGAGGACAUCCCCUACACGGCAGUUCUGACAGCCAUGAGGCCCUCCCGGGUGGCCCGAGACGUGUCCGUGGAGGCCGGAGGGUUGGGCCGACAGCUGCUUCAGAAGGCGGCAGAGCCAGAGGAGAAGACUCACCCACCGGUCAUCUACAACGACACGGCUCCUCGCAUUCUCUUCUGGGCCAAGAACUUCUCUGUGAAGUACAACAACGAGCUGCGGGAUCUGACUGCCCUCACCUUUGGGGCUUCGGUCAACUUGACGGGCUCAAGCUGGAAUGAAUCCAGUGCUCGCCUCAUGUUGACGUACGACAACCUGUUCGGGUCAUCAGUGGUGUCGUUCAGGUUUGUCCUGUCCAGCCGCUUCUACAAGGUGUCUGCCCGCGACUGGUUCACCCUGGAGCGGCUGGAGAUCCGGGCCAACGGCACCACGGCAGUCUUCAACGCCACCCAGGUGACCGGACCCAGCAUCUACUCCUUCCACUGCGAGUACAUGAGCAGUGAGACCCAGCAGGGUGCCCUGCUGGUGCCCCUGUCCCGCUCCUCGCCCUGGAAGGUGUCCAUCGUUGACUUCCAGAUCCAAGGGUUCAGCGUCAAAGGGGAGAACUUCUCCUAUGCCAGCGAUUGUUCGGGCUUCUUCUCCCCGGGCAUCUGGAUGGGGCUGCUCACAUCCCUCUUGAUGCUGCUCGUCUUCACCUAUGGGCUGCACAUGAUCCUCAGCCUCAAGACCAUGGACCGCUUUGACGACCACAAGGGGCCCACUAUCUCUGUGCCCCAGACUGAGUGAGGUGAUGGGGGCGGGAGCUGGGGAGGGAUUGUCCCCUAGCACCCCCCCAUCCCCAGUUCUAUGGCUCUGUAGGGAGUGUUUGGCUUCCCUGUCCCUUUCUCCCUGAUCACCAAGCGCCCCUCUCGCUCUCCAUUCCACAUUUAACAGUGUUGGUCCAGCCUCCCUCUCCUUCCCUCAACCCUCUCAUCUUGGAAUGUUAAGCCCCUACUGGAGGGAGACGCUGCUGGGUAUUGCCCCUGAGGGGAGUCUCUUCCUCCCCAGUUCUUUUUCCCCCAACUCUUUCCACAAGCUCCCCAAGAGGGCGAGAGUGACCCAACACAGAUCUGUACGCUCUGUCCUUUUGUCCCCUCCCAGACCCCUUUUGGCUGAGAUUUCCUCCUUUCCUGGCAAACGCUUAGAGAGGGAAAGGGGGGUAGGGUGUCUGCUCUCUUCCUGCCAUCUGCCUUUGGGGCUGGUGGUUGGGGUUAGAAUAGCUUCUGGGGCUCCCAGGCACCAGGAACCCACACAGCCUCCUGGCUUCCCGCAUCCCAGCGGGGAUGAGUGUGGGUGAGAGUGCCAGACCUCCACCCCCUGACCCCAACCCCGGCUCUCACCCUGUUUGAAAUGUUGCGCUGUGGCUCGUUCAAGAUGUACACAUACUUUGACCUCACGGUGUCUGUAUAUAGUGAAAUUAAUUGACGAGGCUCUGCUGUUCUUUGCGGGGUGGUCCGGGGGACUCCUUGAAAUGAUUUCUUCCCUCCCGAUUCCCCUCCAGCCUUAUUUAUUGACGACUGUCCUCCUUGACUCCCUCCUUUGCCUCCUCCCCGGAAUUGUGACUUGCUGUGUACUUCAGUGUUGAGAAGCUGCCCCUGCCCAUCGGCUUGCCCUUCCCCACUCUCCCACCGCUGCAGCCAGCAGCCUCACGUGCAGGAGGGGAGAAUUCACCUUAGGUUGGGGGAAGGAGGAGGGACCCAAGUCUCCCAUUCUGAGGGAGAAGGUCGGGAGCCAUGGGGAAAGGCGCUCCGGGCUGCUGAUGGGGGCUGUUUGUCUUGGGGACGGGGGAAAGGGGCAGGGCUUAGUGUAUUCAGAUAAGGUGGAAGCCGAAUGUCAGCUGCGGGAGGGGGCUACCUAGACCAGAGGAUCCAGCAGCAAGAUGUCAGGUGCCCCAGCUCCUGGCCUGCUUCUGAGGCUCCCUUUCCCCCCGUGCAGGGUCUGGGAAGGAGUGCAGGGGAAGGUUUAGGGGAGCAGCCUGGGUCGAGGGGUAUUUGAGUGUGUCAUCUCUUCAUUGUAUAAAUUAAACUGAGGAAAUAAAACUGAUCACUGUA